AUGUCGGAGAACAAGAACACCUCUCUUACUCAUGGUGAAGAUGAAGAGAAUAAUCGCUCGGAAAAGAAGGAAGCAGACAAAAUCUCUACCAAAGAAGCUAAACUGGAGGAGAAGCAAGAAAAUGAUAAUAUGGAGAUCGAUCACACAACAGCUGAUGAUGCUACUUUUACUGCUAGUGAUGAUAUUUCAAAUGAAAGUUCUGAUGAUGAAGUUGAAAUUGACGAUGAUCGGAUGAAGAUUAUGUGUCCUAAAACCAACCAAAUCGUCCAGAUUUAUAAAUCUGGACCUAGUGGAGUUGUGUCGAGGCUGAUGACUGAUUUUGAAGAGGUGAAGUUUCUUGGUGCUGGUGGCUAUGGGUGCGUGGUGGAAGUCCGAAACAAAAUCGACCGCCAACAUUAUGCACUAAAGAAAAUCAAGUUCAAUAGUUCAGAAAUUGGCUAUGAAUAUGUGGUCAGGGAAGCUAGAGCUAUGGCGAAACUAAAUCAUCGUAACAUUGUUAGGUAUCAUACAGCUUGGUUGGAAAAAGAUAUAGUCGGAAUUGUGACUAAGGAAGGGGAUAGUUUUGAUGAUGAAGAAUAUUCAGAGGGGGUUGAUGAUGAAAUCUAUAUUGUGGCAAAGGGUGAGGAAAUUGGGUCCAUGCUGUGCAUACAACAAGAACUUUGUUAUGGAUCACUUGAAGAUAUAAUGGGAGAGUUGGCAAAAGAAAAGAUUAAAUCCACAUUUGAGCAAAUUCUCAAUGGGGUAGCUUACCUCCACAACAAGGGCAUUGUUCAUGGGGAUUUAUCUCCAUCAAAUAUUUUUCUGGAUGAGACAAAAGAAGUGGUGAAAAUAGGGGACUUUGGCCUUGCAAAUCUGUCCAAUGAAGAGCACAUCCGUCCAACCACUUGUUAUCGUGCACUGGAAUUAGGUGAUCCUUGCAUCUUUAGCAAAGAAAGUGACAUUUACAGUUUGGGAAUAAUUCUAGUAGAAAUGCUUGCAAAGUUUUCAUACAUUGGUGAAAAAAUACGUGAGCUAAAAAACUUUCAAGAGAGUGAAAUAUGGCCUGAAUCAUUAAAGUCUACCAAUGACAUGACAAAACAACUCAUCAAAGAAAUGACAAACAAUAACCCACUUAUGAGGCCUACUGCAAACUACAUCUCUUUGCAAACCACCAACCUUUCCAUUUGA